GGCUUCACCCAGAGAGUUUGAGCUUCUGUGAAGUAUCGAGUUUUGUUUGCUUUUAUUCUUUUUAUGGCUGUUAUGAUGUCCUGUCGUAAAUACAUCGCGCCUCUAGUGUUCUGUGCCCAGGUGGCCAGCUCGUUUUUUGACACCGCUCUCCAAAUGGUGGUUAAAGAACGAUGCGCAAACCCCGACAAGGACACCGAGCAGAAAGCCAUCACCAACUUCAACAUGGCCUUCAACAUGGAGCUCAAAUUCAUGCCAAUUGUGCCAGCGAUCCUUCUGGCAAAGGUUGGAGACAGAGGUUACAGGAAAGUGCCAAUAGUGGUUCCUCUGGUUGGAUAUUUUCUGUCCAGAGGUUUGCUCUUGCUGGAUAUCGUGCUGGAAUGGCCUGUCCAGGUGCUGUACGCGGUGCCGGUGAUCCAUGGACUGUGCGGCGGGUUCGCGUCUUACUGGGCAGGUGUGAUGGCGCUGGUGUCGGUGUGCUCCGGUGAGGAGGAGCGGUCCGUGCGCAUCAUGAGAACCGAGCUGGUGUACGGAAUCGCCGGUUUCAUUGGUAGUUUGGCUUCUGGUCACUUAUUUAACUUCUACACCGUAGAUCUCAAACAAGGAGCAAUUUUAUCUAGUUUUAGCGUGCUACUGUAUUUCCUCUGCCUGCUCUAUGCGGCAUUUUUCCUGCAAGUCGAUUUCUCCGAGCUUGGAGAGAGACAGGAGCGACGGGAAAGUGUUGGGAUCAUAAACCACGAAGCCCGCGAUAAAAUAAACAUCGCUUUGCUCUUCGUCAGUGGGAUUUUGUAUGAUAUCGCAGUGGCUGGAGGAAUGGAGAUGUUGGCAGCUUAUGUGCUCAAAGACCCCCUCAGCUGGGGCGCAACUGAGGUGGGUUAUGGAAACGCGGCGGGAUCGCUUCUCUUCGUCACCAGUUUUUUAGGUGUGAAGAUGUUCACAAGAUGUUCUGUUAGAGAUGAGAGCAUGGUCAUGAUCGGCAUGGUGUCUUUCGCAGCUGGGAUCUAUUUCAUGGCUUUUGUGACCACAACUCCGAUGUACUUUUUGGCUCGUUCUGUCACUCUGUUUGCUCUGAUUCCAAUGCCCACCAUUCGCUCACUGCUGUCCAAACAGGUCAGGGGAACCUCAUAUGGCAUUACCUUUGUCAUGCUCCAGUUGUCCUUCAAGCUUGCAAGCUUGGUCACCACACCCAUCUACACGGAGAUCUAUCAGGCUACACUUGACACCUUCCCAGGGUUUGUCUUCAUACUGUCCAGCAUCUUCACCGUUCUUUCUAUGAUACCCAUUAGCAUUGUAGGAUGCCGCUCUGCAAGACAAGAUGGAUAUGAGAGAAUUCAAGGGAACUGACAGCAUCAGCCACACCAAAGGAGACACAGUGUCACAAAUGGACAAGUUAUUGAAGUAUGUUUGCGUAAUAAAUGAUCUGAAGGUUUACACUGGAGUUACAUACAAUAGAAGAUAUUCUAUCAUUCAGUUGACUAGAAGUCGGCUUGAAUGGAUAAUGUUAUUAGAUAAUGUUAUCUACUGGAAUAGAUAAUGUUCCUGAUGCACUGUUGUUACACUUUGCAUUAUUGGUAAUGCAGUCUGUGUAGCGUCAUAUUUGCCAAGGUUUUUACACGUCUUUGUAUAAAAUGCUGACAAUCUUUAGUUUUUAUACAUUUUGAUAGCAAUUUACAAUACAUUUUCAUUUGUUAACAUUA